CAUAUGCUCUGCAUUCUUCCCUUCUAGCGCCACCGGUAGAAUUCAGUGCUUUUGGAAUUGGGUGCCCUUUUCUGUCUUCUGGGAAGAAUCUUCCUUUGCAACUGCGGCUUGAAGUCACGAUGGAGCUGUGAAGGAGGAAGGGAAAGAACUGAGAGUGCGCUUGCAAUGUGCUCCUGAGUCUUCAUUUGCAAGCCUCAGGUUUGAAGGAUCCAUGAAAUGGCCACAGAUGAAAAAGCAUCUCCGACGUUGGACACUCUGAACGACCUGCCCUACUCUCCUGGCAGCCCGUCUCACCUUACACACUUCAAACCUUUGACUCCUGACCAGGAUGAGCCACCAUUUAAAUCUGCCUAUAGUUCUUUCGUGAAUCUCUUUCGUUUCAGUAGGGACGAUGGUCGUCUUGCUUCCUCCGUGGAGAGAGCAGAGACAGGACAGGGUGAUCAACAGGCGCUGAAUGCAAGUUGGUCAAGUCCGCAACAUACUUUGAGGUCGCGGUCGCUAAGGUCGUCUCCUGUACCUUACAAAAAAAACCAGCCCUCUGGGGAGUUGCAGAGAAGAUCUUCAGCAUCUUUAGACAAUCGAAGAGAAGAACCUCUCCUUGGCGGUCAUGAUCCUCGAACGGCUGUUCAGCUUCGAAGCCUCAGUACCGUUUUAAAACGUCUAAAAGAAAUCAUGGAAGGAAAAAGCCAGGACAGUGAUCUGAAGCAAUAUUGGAUGCCGGACAGCCAGUGCAAGGAGUGCUAUGACUGCAGCGAGAAAUUUACCACCUUUCGCCGCAGGCACCACUGCCGGCUGUGCGGGCAGAUUUUCUGCAGCCGCUGUUGCAACCAGGAAAUCCCUGGGAAAUUCAUGGGUUACACAGGUGACCUCCGAGCUUGCACUUACUGCCGUAAGAUAGCCUUAAGCUACGCUCACUCCACAGAGAGUAACUCCAUCGGGGAAGACUUGAAUGCUCUGUCUGACUCUGCCAACUGUGUGUCAGUAUUGGAUCCUGGGGAACCGCGGACUCCGGUUGGCAGCAGAAAAGCCAGCCGCAACAUAUUCCUCGAAGAAGACCUUACCUGGCAAAGCUUGAUUCACCCAGACUCUUCAUCUUCCACUUUAUCAACACGUCUUGGAUCAGUUCAAGAGGAAGCAGGGAAGUCUCCUGCUCGGAAUAGAUCAGCCAGCAUUACUAACCUGUCCCUGGAUCGCUCUGGAUCGCCCAUGGUCCCUUCCUAUGAGACAUCUGUCAGUCCACAAGCUAACCGCACAUAUGCCAAGGAGGCCAACGAGGACGAGCGCAAAAUUCUCCUGGACUCAGUCCAGCUAAAGGACCUGUGGAAGAAAAUAUGCCAUCACAACAGUGGCAUGGAGUUCCAGGAUCAUCGCUAUUGGCUGCGAACUCACCCCAACUGUAUCGUGGGGAAGGAGCUGGUCAACUGGCUCAUGAGGAACGGCCACGUCACUACCAGAGCUCAAGCUAUUGCAAUUGGUCAGGCUCUGGUAGACGGGCGCUGGCUGGAUUGCGUCAGCCACCACGACCAGAUUUUCAGAGACGAGUAUGCACUCUACAGACCACUGCAGAGCACAGAAUUUUCUGAAACUCCUUCUCCAGACAGUGAUUCGGUCAACUCCGUGGAGGGCCAUUCUGAGCCGUCGUGGUUCAAAGACAUCAAAUUUGAUGACAGCGACACAGAGCAGAUUGCAGAAGACGGAGAUGAUAACUUGACCAAUUCUGCCAGUCCUAGCAAGCGCACCUCAGUCAGCAGCUUCCAGUCUGCCAUGGACAGCGACUCAGCUGCUUCCAUCAGCCUGAACGUGGAGCUGGACAACGUCAACUUCCAUAUCAAGAAGCAUUCCAAGUACCCACACGUGCCCCCUCACCCUGCCGACCAAAAAGAGUACCUGAUUGCCGACAACGGAGGGCAGCAGAUGAUCUCAAUAAGUGACGCUUUUAUCAAAGAGUCGCUGUUCAAUCGGAGAGUUGAAGAAAAAUCCAAAGAGCUGUUUUUCACACCCUUGGGCUGGCACAACAGCAGCCUGGACCUUCUGAGGGAGGAGAAUGGGGAAAAACAAGCCAUGGAGAGGCUGCUCUCAGCUAAUCACAACCACAUGAUGGCGCUACUUCAGCAGCUGCUCUACAACGAAUCCUUGUCUCUUUCCUGGAGGGAUAUGAUCGUGCCCGUGGUCUGCCAGGUGGUUCAGACAGUCCGACCUGACGUCAAGAACAGGGACGAUGACAUGGACAUCCGUCAGUUUGUCCAUAUCAAAAAAAUUCCAGGUGGAAAAAAAUUUGACUCGGUUGUGGUGAACGGCUUUGUUUGCACCAAGAACAUAGCGCAUAAAAAGAUGAACUCGUGUAUCAAAAACCCCAAAAUUCUUAUGCUGAAGUGCUCCAUCGAAUAUCUCUACCGAGAAGAAACCAAGUUUACCUGCAUAGAUCCCAUCGUCCUUCAGGAAAGGGAGUUCCUGAAGAACUACGUUCAGCGGAUAGUGGAUGUCAGGCCAACUCUGGUCCUGGUUGAAAAAACCGUCUCCCGUAUUGCGCAAGACAUGCUGCUGGAACAUGGCAUCGCUUUGGUCAUUAACGUCAAGCCACACGUCUUAGACAGAGUAAGCCGGAUGACUCAAGGAGAUGUGCUAAUGUCAAUGGAUCAGUUGCUGACCAAACCACACCUGGGAACCUGCCACAAAUUUUACAUCCAAGUGUUUCAGUUGCCUAAUGAGCAAACGAAAACGCUGAUGUUUUUCGAAGGCUGCCCCCAGCACCUGGGCUGCACCAUCAAGCUGCGUGGCGCGGGGGAUUACGAGCUGGCUCGAGUGAAGGAGAUCCUUAUUUUCAUGAUCUGUGUGGCUUAUCAUUCCCAGCUGGAGAUCUCCUUCCUUAUGGAUGAGUUUGCUAUGCCUCCAAUGUUGGCCAGACAUGGCUCCUUUCACUGUCUUCCUGAAGCGCAGGAGGAAGCAAACGGACAGCAAGAUACCUUGAACAGAGAAAGCAGCACAGUGGGAAAAGAUGCCGACAUGGCCCCUGACAAGCUGCCCGUUAUCUCAGAACUGGUGUCUUCAGAUGAGAUGGGCUCCCUGGAACAAAGGACUUUGACAGAAGAGGACGGCCAGGAUAUGGGCGAUCUACCAGCAGUUGCCUCCCAGAAGCAGCACCUGCACUUCUUAAUGAAUUCUGCAUACAGAGCCCCUUUUGUAACGUCAGUGUUGGUGCCGGAGACAUUGCUACCCCUCGAGUUGACUGACCAACACCUGGGGAUUUUGGACAGUGAGCCUCUGGAGAGUCUGAGGCACAUGGAUGACUUCCAGGAGCCCAAAAGCCAGAUCAGGGAAUUCCGGGACCCCCUGCAGGAUGACACUGGAUUGUAUGUUACAGAGGAAGUGACGUCUUCAGAAGACCGGCUCAAAACCUUCUCUUUGGCUUUUAAGCAAGAGCUGAAGGACAUCAUCCUCUGUAUCUCCCCUGUGAUCAAGUUCCGCGAGCCCUUCCUGCUGACGGAGAAAGGCAUGCGCUGCCCCACCAGGGAGUAUUUCUUGGAGCAGGUCUAUGUGUCUCCUCGGCUCAACAAGGAGUACAAGGAGAUGGACAGCAGAAGGAAGAAGCAGCUCUUAAGGGACCUGUCUGGGUUGCAAGGCAUGAAUGGAAGCUUCCAGGCCAAGCCUGUCCAGAUAUUACCUUCCCACCAGCUUGUCAGCACCCGGAUCGCUGAGCAUCUGAACAGCAGCCAUAGUCUGGCCAGAAUGUUGGCCGACUUCCGGGCCAGAGGAGGAAGGAUUGCGCAAAAGGACUCGGACCCAUUUGCCCAGUCUUCUAGAGAGACAUCCGGCAUGAAAUUUGGACUCAGGAGUGAUGACGACGACAGAGGGUUUAUUCAGAACGAAUCCUUGUGGUCUCAUAAAGUGGACUGCCUUAGCCCUGCGAACCACCAGAGGCUCUGCGUCUUGUUCAGCAGCUCUUCAGCCCAAUCCAGCAAUGCUCCAAGUGCCUGCGUUAGCCCAUGGAUGGUGGUUAUGGAGUUCUAUGGGAAGAAUGACCUCACCCUUGGUGUGUUUCUAGAAAGGUAUUGCUUCAGGCCUUCCUACCAGUGCCCAAGCAUGUUCUGUGAAACCCCCAUGGUGCAUCACAUCCGCCGCUUUGUCCAUGGGCAAGGCUGCGUCCAGAUCAUACUGAAGGAACUGGACUCCCCAGUGCCGGGCUACCAGCACACGAUUCUCACCUACUCCUGGUGUAGGAUGUGCAAGCAGGUAACACCAGUAGUUCCGCUUUCCAAUGACUCCUGGUCCAUGUCCUUUGCCAAAUACCUUGAGCUGCGCUUUUACGGGCACCAAUACACCCGAAGGGCCAACGCAGAGCCCUGUGGCCACUCCAUACAUCAUGACUACCACCAAUAUUUCUCCUACAAUCAGAUGGUGGCCUCUUUCAGUUAUUCUCCUAUACGGUUGCUAGAGGUGUGCGUUCCGAAUCCCAAGAUCUACAUAAAACGUCAGGUUCCGCAUAAGGUUGCCAUGCUUCAGGACCUGAAGGAUUUUUCUCAAAAGGUGUCUCAGGUAUAUAUUGCCGUCGAUGAGCGCCUCACCUCUCUGAAAACAGAUACUUUUAGCAAAACAAGAGAGGAGAAGAUGGAGGAUCUUUUUGCCCAAAAGGAGAUGGAGGAAGUCGAGUUUCGCAACUGGAUAGAGAAAAUCCAAGCUAGGAUGCUUUCUUCGUCCCUUGACACUCCUCAGCAGCUGCAAUCAGUUUCUGAAUCUCUAAUAGCCAAAAAACAGAGCCUCUGUGAGAUGCUGCAAGCUUGGAAUAACAGGUUACAAGAUCUCUUUCAGCAAGAGAAAGGGCGGAAACGUCCCUCAGUGCCGCCUAGCCCUGGGAGACUGAGGCAAGGUGAAGACAGCAAGAUCAGCUCAAUGGAUGCCUCUCCUCGCAAUGUUUCUCCAGCACUACAAAAUGGCGAGAAAGAGGACCGUUUCUUGACAACCUUGUCGAGCCAAAGCUCCACAAGCUCUUCCCUUCUCCAGCUCCCUACCCCUCCGGAAGUCGUGUCGGACCAGCUGACAGGAGGCACCUCCUUUGCCAACGCACAGUCAGAAGCAGACAUCGCCAGCGGCUCGGAAGAUGUCUUUGAUGGGCAUUUGCUGGGGUCCACAGACAGCCAGGUGAAAGAGAAGUCCACCAUGAAAGCUAUCCUAGCUAAUCUGUUACCUGGAAACAGCUACAGUCCCAUCCCAUCCCCUUUUGAGCCUGACAAGCAUUACUUAAUGUAUGAGCACGAACGUGUGCCUAUUGCCGUCUGUGAAAAGGAACCAAGCUCCAUCAUAGCCUUUGCUCUCAGCUGUAAGGAAUACAGAAAUGCCUUAGAUGAAUUAUCCAAAGUGUCUCUGAAGAGCAAUCCUGAAGAGGGACUCCAAACUAACAGUCUGGCUGAAAGCAGAGCCAAGAACAGCAGUCCAGUUCGACUACCUGAGACGAAUAUGGGGCAGUCAAGCCAAACAGCUGAGGCAGAGCAGCCAAAGAAGCCAUAUGGAGUUCUGUCCUUCUUCCGUGGUACAGGAGGGAAGAGCCCCGACCUCUCUUCUCAGAAAAAGGAGACCUUGCGGGGAGCAGACAGUGCCUACUAUCAGGUUGGGCAGACAGGCAAAGAAGGGGGAGAGAACCAAAGCGCAGAGGCGCAAGAUGAAGCAGAUGGAGGUGAUGCACAAAAGAAACAGCUGGGAAAUCCACAUGUUGAACUCCAAUUCUCUGACGCCAAUGCCAAGUUCUACUGCCGGAUUUACUACGCGGGAGAGUUCCAUAAAAUGCGUGAAGUGAUACUUGGGAGCAGCGAAGAAGAUUUUAUCCGUUCCCUCUCUCACUCUCUGCCCUGGCAGGCACGGGGAGGCAAAUCUGGAGCUGCUUUUUAUGUGACUGAAGAUGACCGAUUUAUCUUGAAGCAGAUGCCUCGCCUUGAAGUCCAGUCCUUUCUAGACUUCGCCCCACACUAUUUCAUGUACAUCACUAACGCGGUUCAGCAAAAGAAGCCAACGGCUUUGGCCAAGAUUCUUGGGGUUUACCGGAUUGGCUAUAAGAACUCUCAGAACAACACGGAGAAGAAGCUUGACCUGUUGGUCAUGGAAAACCUCUUCUAUGGCAGAAAGAUGUCUCAGGUUUUUGACCUGAAAGGCUCCUUACGGAACAGGAACGUCAAGACGGACACAGGGAAGGAGAGCUGCGAUGUUGUUCUGCUGGAUGAAAACCUCUUGAAGCUUGUGCGGGACAACCCCUUGUACAUCCGUUCCCACUCCAAGGCCGUGCUCAAGGCUUCCAUCCACAGUGAUUCCCAUUUCCUUUCCAGCCAUCUCAUCAUCGAUUAUUCUCUUCUAGUGGGCCGGGAUGAUACCUCCGACGAGCUUGUGGUUGGGAUUAUUGAUUACAUUCGCACAUUUACUUGGGACAAAAAGCUUGAGAUGGUGGUUAAGUCAACAGGCAUUUUAGGAGGACAAGGUAAGAUGCCAACGGUAGUAUCUCCAGAACUUUACCGGACGAGGUUUUGUGAAGCAAUGGACAAGUAUUUUUUGAUGGUGCCAGAUCACUGGACAGGGCUGGGCCUGAACUGCUAAGGUAAGGGAUGGGACGGGACGGGGCGCCGCGAAGGCUGUCCUUCCACACGUCCAGCCCCCAACUCAGUGUCUUCAAUAGCAGCUGAGGGAUCUUCAGCCACUGCCUGCAGAAACUGGCGUCCCAAAGGAAGUUAAGCCUGCACUUUAGGUGCUGGAAUGUUAACGGAAGAGGCCGGAGGAGAGUCUUCAGAAUCUGAGCGGGACUCUAUCUUUGGAAAGACACAGGUGAUCCCAUCAAACAGAUCGGCCCCGAACGAAGGCCAGGAUGAGCCUUCCACAGAUUACGGUAAAUCCCAUUGGAGUUCCUGAUGACAUCUUACACAGAAGGCUCUCGCACCACAGAAUAAAGUGUCUAAACAGGAAAUAACAGUGGGCAUGUUGGCCCCAAAUCAGACUGUUGCAGCUUGUUGCAGUGAGGAUAUCACAGUCUCUCUUAAAAGCACCACAACCAUGAGGAGCUCUGUACAUCUCUUACGAAUGCCGCUGCUGUCAUGAGGGUUGAUUUUCUGUUAAGCGUUAUUAUUGCCUGUUCUCUCUGUAUUGCACUGAUGUUAUUUUGCAGGUUUCCAUGAGCAGUAUUAGAGGGAGGAUUUUAUCAGCAUCCCACUCCCAUCCUCUGAAGCCUUGCUUUUCUUUUAAUGGUGUCAAACUUCCAGGCAGUCAAAUAUUUUUCUGAAGGGCAACUUCAGUAACGGCAGCUUGGAUUUUAGCGUACAGCGGUAAAUAGAGCUGCCCUCUUUUCAAAUGGAAGACACUAGCAAAACAAAUUUUCUCCAGAAGAAGGUCCCUGACUAGCUGCUGCAUUCGUAGAUUGAAAAGACUUUCUCCCCAAUCCACGAGGUCCACUUUGUUGUUUUUCGUUAGUACUCCCCCUCCUCCCUUUAAAUGGCUGCCUUAAAGAAUCAAGUCUGUAGUGUCGUUCUCCCUGGUUUUGUUUGGUUUUGUUUUUCAUUUCAACACCAUUUUGUAGAGCGUAAUGGGUCUCUCUGCUGAACACACACAGGUUGUGUAAACAGACCUGGCUGAUUAAACAAUCAUUCCUUUGACACUAGGUGCUCUGAACAAACCGCUGAACUGUGUUUUUGCUACCUGAGAAUAAGCACUUAUAAUUAGGUUGGGUUUUUUGUUUUGUUUUUUUGUAACUAUGAAACAUUUGCUUUAUUUUUUACAUAAUAAUGGCCAGUAAAAAUAAGGGUGUGUUGUAGUUAAAGAGGCACGGCUGACAUUGUCCCUGAACCUUAAUGGUUGUCCGGAAUAUUGGUUUGAGUACAGAUUGUGUGCAGUGGCUGAGAUUGGUUUACCUUUAUAGUCCCUCUUCUCCCUGCAGCAGAAUCCCCCCAAAUCAAGGAUGGAGAGGAUUUUGGCCCUCCAGAUAUUGUUCCCCCAUGACCCCAUCCGCUCCAGCUGGCAUGGCCAGUGCUCAGCCACAUUGGGAGUUGUUGUCCCAGCAUCCUCUGGGUUUCCCAACCCUUUGGCUGUGAACCAUUAUGAGUGGAAAGUCUAUAUAAUAAGCAGCACUGCCGCGUUACCUCCCUGUAAAAACCUCCCACUCAAUAUAUGUGACCCCCUGUAUCAUGUAAAGUGAGCAGAGUUCUCUGUUGAAAGCCAAGAAGCCAUCUUAAAAGCACACCCAUUAAGCCACGCAGGCAUAUAGGGUGAGAACGUUGACCUCUGUACAUCAGUUAGGAGUUUGGUUCUGGCUUAGAUUGACAAUGAAAGCACAGAGCUGUCAUAUCUGGGGUGUACGCUGGCCUGUUACGGCCUUCCCCAAACUGGUCUGCCCCAGAUGUUCUGCACUAACAACACCCAUCAGAACCCAGCCGGCAUGGCCAAUAUUCAGGGAGUUGUAGUCCAAAACUUUGGAGGGCAUCAGGUUGGGGAAUUGUGUGGGUUCCUCCCCCCCCCCCAGUGUACACCUUGGAGGAACGGUCCAACUCUUAAUUUGAUUUCCAGCCAUUGUAUUAAUUUGCUUUGUUCAAGUCUGAAGUUGUAAGACCUUAUAUAUGAAACCUGAUAACCGGUUUCGAUAAAUGAGUAUUAUAGCUGAGUUUCGGCCACUUUUACAUUCCCUAUUUAUCUGCUGACCUUCAGCUCUGAGUGCUAUGAAAACAUUCCUUAAUUAAGAAAGAUGCUGUCAUCCAUCCAAGUCUCUAGUUUAAUUAGCAGUAUCAACACCGAGCCAGAAUAAAUGUUGAAGCCGGGGUUGACUUGCUGCUUGAGUUUUCAAUAACAAAGUGGCCUUCGCGGGAGGGGGGAGCUGCUUCCAAAAUAGUUUUGGUAACUGGCAGGUUUAAAUGCUAUAACUGUGUUUGUUAUGGGGUAUGUCUCACAAGGGCCGGGCUGCGUGUUUGUUGCAGGACAGUUUAUUUAAUUCAUAUUUUGAUUCUGUUCAUAUGAGAAGCUCAGGGUGGCUGUGUUGUGCUUUUGCUCUCAGAGCUGGGCUGGUAGAAAACUAUUUGAACUGAUGGAGGGCUGCAAGUUGAGUUGAGUUGGAAAGGCACGACUUUAUCAUCUCCCACCCUCUGCAUGCUCCAUUUCUUGUAGAAAAGAUUCUACUUCAUAUGUGAAUAGAGCAGAAACGUGGACAAAUGAUGUCUCGUUCCAGCCUAAGAAGCAGACCUCUGCUUAAUGCUGACCAAGUCAGGUGUGUGUUGCUAUUGGCUUAGUGGCUGUGCUGAAGAAUCAAACGGCAAGUGCUUUGAGGGCAGGAGGAAGAAGGCAAGCUUCCUUUGAUUGCAAAGGCAGGGGUAUGGCAUGCGAGAGGCACUUGUCUCUAAUCGCAUUGACUUAACCGCUGAAAAGCAUUUUCACCAGCUCUUCCCGUGUCUAAAAAUGUGCGCCAGUUGCAACCAGGGCAACUUGCUCUGAGAGAAGAGCAGGAUUCCUGGAGCAUUUCCACGUUUCCAUGGUCUUAUCCUGACAAGUAACAUACUGCUGGUUGUUCGGAUGCUGCCUUCGGAUAGAGCAUUUGUGGGAAGACUUGGGCGUGUUCAAUGGAUUUGUUAAAAUGCAUAGUGUGGGAGAGAUUGAUUCAGAGGCCUGGUCUGCACACACAACAGAAUGUGAUGGUGGAAUCCUGAAAUAGUAUCACCUCAGACUGAAGAUGAGUUGGUGGCGGUCUAACUUCACAGCGUAUCCAUGUUUUUAAAAAAGACAACCAGUAGGUAGAAAACUUAACAUGCCAAGGAAAGAGGUCCAGCUCAUCUUUUCUCCCUGGUGGAUUUUGUUUGUUUUUUACAUACAACAUUGAAAACGUGAUCCCUGACCUAUAGCAUUGUUCACUCUGUUGUACGCAUAAGCAGACACUUGCACACAGAGUCCGUAAUGAAUAUCUCUCUAGGACGAAGGUUGGUAACUAGCACAAUCAUUGCUGGCUAAGUUGGACAAACAGCUGAAACUUGACGGCCUCUUUUUGUAACUUUGGCUAAGAAGUGAUGGACUGGGGUUUUGCAUCAUCAUAGGAACGUACUAAAAACUAAGCAGCUGAGUUUGGCUAGGUUAGCUUAGCUUUUCUUUUCUAAAUUGGCCUUUCCAUUUCAAGUUCUCCAGUACUGACCACCUGCAUUUCCUGUAUGUAGAGUGUUGUUAAAUAUUUCCUGUUACACAUUUAACUUCUAUUGCUGCGAGGAGAUUUUGAAGGACCCUCUACCUGUCCCAACAGGAACAGGCCUGAAACUUUUAGUGCCAAGCACCUGAAACUUGAUGGGUUAUUAUGAAAUUCCUGGCCUGUUUUUUGGGGGGUAAAAAUCAGCAGUAUUUUCUAGAAGCACUUACGUUGUACAGUUUUGGACAGUGCAAUAGGUUCCUUUUAAUCUUGCCAUGUGGAUCCCACACAAGGUUCCGUAAGAGUAAAUAACUGUCUACAACUUACUGAGUAGACAUGUUCUGUUAACUGCUGUUUUGUUCGGGGAAAUAAGAAUGGGCCAUUUGAUUUUGUUUUGAGUUUUUUUUUUACCCUUUUAUGUUAUUGUCUGUAUAGUUCAGUCUGUAAAUGGCAGGCCAUGCUUCUCUGGAAUGUACAGGAAAUGACAUUGUACUGUGUAUGAACAGCUGAGGCCAGGGGGAAUGUUGCAUUGUGUUAAGAUGCCACAAAAUGGGGAAGGAGUAGAAUCAAUCCCUUUAAAUACCGCACACUAGCUGUAAACUAUAUCGAAAGCACUUAUUUAAUGUAUCAUAAUGUAUAUAUUUGUACCCUACGUUGGUUAUGGAUGUAUUUUUAUGAUAUUGUCAUGCUAAACUAAUUAUGUUGGCUCUUUCAUUUACUAAAUUGUACAUAGACAGAAAAUAAAAGAGUACCUACUGUA